UUGCUUAUGCGAAUUAUUGUGAUCGGCAUUUUGCAAUAAUUUCCAAUUUUCUUAAAACCAUUGUAUUUAACCUGUGUUAUGAUCUGUUUUCUUACGUGAGGGUGUUAAAAUUAUAUUAUUUCAAAUCUGGAUGACAAAACAAUGAUUGCGGCUUCGGAACCUUUGGAGUUUGUACCGCAUGGAAGAACAGUAUUAGCAAAACACCCUGGGCAGAUAUACAGCAAAGGCCGCAAUGUGUCCUCAUCUGAAAACUCACUGCUCUAUAAGUUAACAAACUUUGCUAUCAAAGAUGAGACCCUGGAGGGCAAGGAGGAGCAGGAGUGGUGGAAUAUUAGAGAAGUUUAUUAUAGAGUUGAAGACAUAAAGAACUCACUGCAAGAAGUUCAAAAAGAACCAAAAUGUGAAUACAUGGAUUACUUUCGACCACCGAGUCGUCUUAAAAAUGAUUUUAACAUGUCUAUAAAAUCUGAACUCCUGAGCGGCAUAAGAAGAGAUGAUAUACCAUCAGCUGGCCCAUCCAGGUCAGGAAGUGCUAACAGUUCCAGCAAUAUGUCCAAGAAGUUCAACUUGAACUGUAGCCAGAGUAAGAAACCAAGGAAGAGGCCACUGAACCCAAAAACUGAUUGUUAUUAUGAAGAAGAGUUGUAUGUGAGGGGCUGCACUGCUGUUUGGUCCAAAGGUUUAAUAUCAUCUCCAGCUACAAAGCAAACUGGGCCUGAACAUCGCGAAACAAUCGCUUGCUACACUAUCGAUAAUACCAUAAAACAUGCCACUUUCGUCGACUUCCACGUAGACAUAAACAACACUAUGCUAAUCGACGCGCUAAACUCACAAAUAGGCGAUUUCAAAAAGAAUAUAAAAGUCGAAGAUACCACAGAGCAUAUAGAGCGUGAAGUUCUUCCCUCGAUACUGCUUAUAGAUAGUAAAUGUAUGCGAGUCUACGCCAUAGAUGGCAGAGAAUAUAUAGCAAGUAUUCCCUUCCAAGUUAAAAAAGUGUGGCCUAUGAAAUACGGCGUUUUAUUGGAGAAAGAUGCAACACCUAUAUUACACAAUUCCGUGCUACCUUCCUCGUUUUUAAAACUGAACGAAUCUCACAACAGUUCGUUUUUGAAAUCUCGAAAUUUCCCAUUUAGUAUGAGCGCUCGAUUACGCCAAGAGUCGAUUUCUGGUUAUGACCAAGAUUGUCCUUUACCCACAUGUUUUUCUCUAACCCAUCCUUUGGAUGACGUUAUACCGAUUCUAAUGAAAUCGUCCGCACAAGGUUUGCAGUACUACAACGAUGGUGACUUACAAAUCAUCUUCGUAAGCACAGAUCCCAGUAUAAUACUUCUUUACGAUUGGAAAUUACAAACUCAUUCGUUAUGGAAGAUACGUAAAGCCACCCGUGAUGAAUGUUUGGCCAUGUGCCCAAACAUGAAUUCCUCGUUUAACCAAACAUGCGAUUUCGUUGGUAGUCCAAUGCAUAGUAUGAGGAAUCCCAGUUUUAACGGCAGCCAGUAUCAUUUGAAAAAGGGUCCUGAAACUCCAACACGGUCGAGGCAUAAUAGUCCAAUGGCUAAUGUUUUUCACCAACAAGGGCUUUCACCGCACUCGUCGAUUGGCCAGGCUAGUUCAACUACUAUGAUGUCAAAUACUAUCGGCCAAGCACCCCCUUCACUGCCUUUAUAUCCUGAUAUUUGUCUAGACCAUAUAUGGACAGACAGCCAAGUUAUAAGACGCGACACAGUCGAAAGUCCGAAUGACAUCAAAGCGUUCUUACACACAGAUUUGGUCGGUCACGAUUACUUAUGCUUUAUGGUUAAAGUAAAUGGGGUUACCAGGUUACAAAUUGUGAGGUUGCAAAAAUCUCAUUCGCACGGGCAAUUGUCUAAAACGAAUAUCAUAGUCGGGUCUAUAUCGUCGGCUUUGGCGAAGGAUGCUGUUGUGUUGGACCAUUUGAAGAUGAUCGCGCUGAUUGAUGAGACUGGCAACAUUAUACUGCAGUCUGGCAACAACUUUGUUGGCAAGGUACAUGUAGGAGGUAUUCUAGCAAGACUUAUAGACUCUCCGUACACAAAGCAGUCGACAUUCCAAUCUCCGUUUCCAAGACGCAGUAGUCUCUUGCCAACUCGAUGUGAUGCAACCUCGUUCGACGACUCCGCGUUACAUUUACUGUCACCUGUACUACAUUCCUCGGUGUCGAGGUUGGAACCAAGAGAGAAUUUAGGUAUACGCAGCCUAUGCGACGCAGCCGGCGCCCGAGUAAGCGUUCGGUCUGAAGCGGGUCAGUUAUAUCGUAUAGCGUUACCGGAACACGUAUGCUCGCCGCUCGUCACUCGAUGCUGCGCUGCCUUUAGCACCGCCUUGCCUAAGGACAUCACUAUGCAGGUCAUAAUCAAAUGGUACGGCGUGCGUAACGCACCAGGCACCCAGGAUAUAACUCCAGGGCAGGAAUGGGCGAUGUUCUCCGACCUCAUACUAUCCCUGAUAGGAUACGAUGUAGAGAGACUUUCCCAGAGUCGUCAGAACGAAGAAGAACAGGUUGAAGUCGUCACUAAAAAGCAGAGAACCUCCAGUGACGGCACUCAGGACGACUGGGAGUAUCUGCUGAACUCAAAAAUGCACAAAACCAUUGGCAACUCUUUAGCAAACAUGCUGAAUCUUAACCAAAUACAGUCAGAAACAACAAGACAUUCGAGAACAAGCGAAAAGCAAGACGAAGACGCUGAGAAACCAACGCUAUUUAACACCAAUUCUUUGCUAUUUCCGUACACAGUACACGUUUUCUACGCAUUCCACUUACUGUACGAAGAUUUGAAACUUAAUUCGCUUUUAGCAAGCGAUUUGAAGCCGUUAUCGGAAUUUCUAUACCAGAUAUCGAGGGACUUAUGCUUGGAGAAAUAUGUGGCUCAUUAUUGGCUAGAUUUUCCUACGGAUUACAACUUUGAGUACGAUGAGGGCGAUAGUCAAAUGAAUGAAGCUAUUUUGAAGAAAUUAACUCAACCUAACUACUUUAACACUGAGCCGGCGAAUAUAUUUAGUUACAUUAACUUUUUGUUAAAAGAUGUCGACGUUGGAUACUAUCCGUUUAUGCCAGAUGUGAAUCACAUGUCACGCGAUCUUAUAGAGAUCCUGGCGACGGUUGGUUGCGGAUCCGGCGCCGGGGUGCAAGCGCUCAGCAGCCGCGACUCCGUAGCCGCCAGCAGCACCCCGCGGGCCCGGGACCCGUCCCCCCUGCACACCCCCCACGCCAGGGCUGUGAUGCUGGCUUGCGAUAGAGGUAUAACGCCUCGGGAUAUCGACAACCUGCCGCCCGCGUUGGCGCUGAUGCUGGUGACGAUAUUCAGCCGCUGCAAGAGCGACCCGCCGGUGGACUGGCCGCCGGAAGCUUACAACCUGGUCAUGAGAGAGGAUCUAGCGCUCCAAGCGGAUAUCGCUGACACCAUCAAGUCUGCUGAUGAAUAUAUGGAAUCCCUGGCAUUAGAAGUGCUAGAAAAGGACACUGCAUACACGCAACUGCCCCAUCAAGGUGAAGAGCCGCCGCAGAAGAACGACGAUGACACCAGCACUGGAAUGGAGCAUCUGAACACCAAGUUGUUGAGCCUUUUGUACCCGAGGGACCAUCGAAUGACAGAAGUGUUCAACCUUCUUCAGUCUUCUAUCCCGGUGACCAUCAACUUGACCCAGAGACCCGAAGUGUCUGAUCACGAUUUCAUCGAAGAGCAAGAGAAAUAUCUUUACGCCAUCAGUACUAGGACUAUGGCGUUGCCGGUGGCGAGAGGCAUGGUAACCCUGCGCAGUCUUCCCUGUUCACCAACGGAACCGUUAACUCUGCCGAAGCUCUGCGUAUCCGGCCGUGGCCCCCCUCCCCGCUGCAACACGAUCACAUUGGGCGGGGGAGACACGCCCCCCCACUGCUUGCUGUGGCCCACCUUCCACAACGGAGUGGCGGCGGGUUUAGCGCUGGUGCCCAUGACCGGAACUAGUAUUCACUCUAGCUGGAUCAUCUACAACAAGCCGAGGGGUACUCAGGACAUGUCGACGGAGCACGCUGGAUUCCUACUAGCUCUCGGACUUAAUGGACAUCUCAGGGAUAUGCCUUUCAUGAACAAAUACGAGUACCUGGUCAAGUGUCACGAGAUGAUCAGCAUUGGUCUCCUUUUGGGCCUAGCUGCUACGUAUCGAGGUACAAUGGACGUGCAAGCCACUAAAAUGAUGAGCAUCCACCUGGAACCUCUGCUGCCGCCCACCUCCAUCGAGUUAGAUAUCCAGCAGGGAGUUCAAGUAGCUGCACUGCUAGGAGUGGGUCUUUUGUACCAAGGCACGGCGCAUGCGCAUUACUCGCAAGUUCUUCUCAACGAAAUCGGCAAACCGCCGGGUCCAGAUAUGGAGAACUGUGUAGAGCGGGAAGGGUACGCGCUGGCGGCGGGCCUGGCGCUCGGCCUGGUGUGUCUGCGGGCCGCGUCCACCACGCCGCACUUGGCGCACAUCGCGCCACAACUGAGGACCUACAUGCUCGGCGGAGACCGACGCGUCAACGGGUCGCAAAAGGACAGAUACAAGCAAAGCUCAUUCGCUAUCCGAGAGGGCGGCACAGUUAACUUGGACGUGACGUCACCGGGAGCGACCGUAGCCCUAGGGCUGCUGUACUUGCGAUCCAACAGCGCAGCCGUGGCGGAGUGGCUCAAGCCACCAGCCACUGCGUAUCUACUGGACUUCGUGCGACCUGAUCUGCUCAUGUUGAGGGUUAUAGCUCGGGGUCUGGUUCUCUGGGACAGCAUAGAAGCAAGCGAGGAAUGGAUCGAGAGCCAAGUCCCGCCCACCAUCAAGCCGUACUGCUUCGUGAAACCCACCGAAGACAACAUCGACUACGAAGCUAUGAAUCAGGCGUACUGCAACAUAAUCGCCGGCGCGUGUUUCACGCUGGGCCUCCGGUUCGCCGGCUCGGGGGACGACGACGCGCGGGACGCGGUACUACACUUCGUGUCCUUGUUCCUGCGGCUCAGUGGACGCGGCGUGGCUGAGUUGGCGGGCGGCUCCACCUUCGAGGCCUGCACAUGCGUGUGCUUGCUGGCAGCGGGCAUGAUCACGGCGGGGAGAGGCGACAUCCAAGUCCUGCGCGCGUGUAGGCGCCUGCGCGCCCGCCUGCCCACCGCCCCGCGCCCCGCGCCCUCCGCCCCGCCCGCGCCGGCGCCGCUCACGCACGGUGCGCAGAUGGCAGUGCACUGCACCAUAGGCCUGCUGUUCCUGGGCGGCGGCCGGUCCACGCUGUCGAGCUCCCCAGAAGCCGUGGCUGCGCUGAUCACUGCCUUCUUCCCCAAACUGCCCACGCACAGCGAAGAUAACAGGUAUCACCUUCAAGCAUUUCGGCACCUGUACGUGCUCGCAGUCGAGCCUAGGUUAAUAUUGCCCAGGGAUCUCGCCACCGGGAAACUCUGCUAUGCUCAUAUACAGGUCAUCGAUCUGCAAGGUGUUGUAAAAGAAAUGAAGGCGCCUUGUAUUAUACCGGAGUUGAAUACUUUGAAACAAGUGAAGAUAAACGAUCCUAGAUACUGGCCCAUCACAUUCCACCGGGAUCAAAACUGGGACCAGCUCAAAACAUUCCUCGACUAUACAUGGUGCGUCGAUAUAAAACAGCGCGCCGGUUGCCUAUCGUACUCGGACGACCCGGAAGGCUUCCUCACGAUAUUGGCCCAAACGUUGACCUUGGACAAGUCAAACAUUUGGUCCACCAGCACAGAGAACAUAGACCUGUUCACCAACGACGACAAAGUGAAGAACUUUGUGAAGCACUAUCUGGCGAAAGACAUGAACAGGAAUAGAGAUAUCUGCGGCGACUGCCUGCUGCUGCAGAGGAGGCGGAAGGGGCUCAAGAACGAGGUUCUGCUUCCGCGGCAGUGCCUGUGCAGGAAGUACAACAAGGAGGAGCAGGAAUACGUGCAGGGCCUGAGCAUGGUGACGUACGAGUGCGUGGUCAAGGAUAUUAUGUGCGCUUUGCCGAUAUGGACCACUUUCUUGAAGAUAAUGAAAGCAAUGAAAACGGAACCUACGUCGUACUACACGUGGCAAAUCAAACUGCUCCUCUCGCAGCUAGACAAUUACAACAAGCGGGCGUCCAGCGAGAUGCCCGUCGACGGGGCCGACUCGCCGUGCGAGCCGCUCAUAUCCAACGAGUUCACGCUCGCCAUCAAGCAGAAAAUCGCGCUAAUAUACGACAAAUGGGAGAUUAAGAUAACCCCAUACCUAAGAAGAUACCUUCGCAUGCCGGGCUGCAGAGAGGGACUGUUCGAAGGCAUCGGAAAAGUCAACAGCUCCACGGAGUGGGAGAACCGCAGGAUGUUCAGCUCAUUCGUGGUGUUCCACUCGCUGUCCAGGGACGUGUGGUCGGAUGAGAUGUCCAUGGUGCUGGGCGACUCCCGCUUGAACGCGGAUGCUGUUAGCAAGAUCUCCGCUCUGCUUAGAUGAUUGAGGUCGUUGACCGGGAGGGUCACUCGGUCGAAAUGUCGCGGCGAUUGCGUCCACGACUGGUGUUAAAUUACGUCACGUUGGAACAGCUCAGAACUGUUAGAAAUGUGAACGGACAAAGUGUAUACUGAAAAACUCACCGCGAUAUUAGAAAGUAAAGACAGUGUUUUAGUGCUUCUAUCGCUCGCGCACAAUACACAAAUCUCGUAUGACACUAGAAAUAUGCCAGUUCUUGUACACAAAUCUGUAAGCGAAACUGAAUUCACCAGUCUUAAAGUAAUGUUGUCCUUCACUCUUGAUCUUUCUUUAGAUCUAGUACAGAAAAUGUUACUUACACAAAUAUGGCCACAUACACACACACACACACACACACACACACACACACGCGCGCGCGCGCGCACACACACGCGCGCACACACACGCACGCACACACAUAGCCACCCGUAAAAUUUAUAUCAUUUUUUAUUUUAUUUUUUCAUGUAAAGGAGAAUGACCAAUAUAGUAUGGAACCACUUCCAAAUAUUUUCGAUAAAUGGUAUCAUAAAACAAAGCUUAAAUAAAUAUUAAUAUUGGAAACCCAGAUUCUAAGAAUACGUUAGGUUAGCUUUACUGAGAGUCACAGGGCUCCAUAACACAACCCUGCAGUAGUUUUAGCUUUAAAAAAAUUAAAAAAAUGUUCUAUGAACAUGACAGUUCAUAAUCGAUUAUGUUUCGAUUACCUCCGAUCGAUUUGAUUAUAACAUCACUAUAGUCGUAAAAAAGUAAUAGGCCCGUUUUGACAUUUGUCAUCGCGACGUAACUAG